UCAACAUGACCGUGCCAUAGUCUAGUCCCAUGUGCCAACAUGUGGCCUAGUAAGCAGUUCCUCGGAUCUAUUGGUUGAGAAACCAUCGAAUCCACCAAACUGAGACCUAGGCACAUAAUCCAGAUGACGAUAGACCAGCUUGUCUUACCACCAGCUACGCUAACGAAUCUUGAGCCAUGGUGUAGGUAAACACUGAUCGGGGAGCCGACUCUAGAGAGGGACCUCUAACGCAUGGAAGCUUCUCAUUUAAAGCUUGAGAUCCAAGAGCGAAGGAAAUUUGUUCAGCAACUUCCAUUUCUCUCCUUUGUGUUUGCUCUGUUCCCCCUCAGAGACUAUGCAUUCCUUCACUCUCUAUGCGAUUGGUAUCGCGCUGUUCGGGUGGGCUUUGUACAGCUUCACUCAGGCAAUCUCUAGGAGAAAUGCAAAGUACAACCCUCGUGGUUUACCUGGCCCGACUUUGAUACCAUGGGUUGGUCGCAUUCAUGAUCUUCCUAUCGAGUAUAUGUGGCUCAAGUUCAAGGAAUGGGCAGACAUCUAUGGUCCCAUCUAUAGGACCAAGAUGCUUGGUGCCAACUUCAUCAUCAUCUCAGAUGAGUCGGUUGCCGAAGAUAUCUUGGUCAGGAGAGGAAAGAUCAAUUCAGACAGACCUGAGAUUCGAUCAUUGUUUGACGCCAAGAGUACACAUGGCUCUAUGGAGUAUCUUCCCUUGAUGGGAAGAAACCAAUACUGGGCACGUCAAAGGAAGUUCACUCACUCUCAACUCACUGAAGCCACAAACGCGCGCUACUAUGGUAUCAUGGAAUUCGAAGUCAAGCGCUGGCUGAACCUUCUCGUCCAUGAGCCUGAUAACUUCUACUUCUCCCUGGAAGACAUGGCAUCGAAGAUCAUGUCGCAACUAGUCUGGGACGAUCACACCGUCAGCACUGCUCUCACCCCCAGCGCAUGGGGGCUGCUCACCCAAAUGUCUCCCGCCGGCCCCAUCACCAACGUCCUAACACCACUGUGGGACCUCCCCUUCUACAUGAACCCCUGGAAGAUAGCCGAGCGAAAGCGUCAUGAUGAACAACAAGCCUGGUUCAUGGAACGUCUCGUUGCCAUUCGUCGCAAGAUGGAGAAGGGCAAACAGCGUCCCUGCGUCACUCGUACAUACCUCGAAACCGCAGCAAAGUCAAACAUCUCCGGCGAUUACGAGGCUUCCUGCGUGAUCGGCAUGAUGGCUUUGGUCGGUAUCUUCACCGUCGUAGGCCCUCUUUCAUACUUCCUCGUCUCCAUGGUGCACCACCCGCAGUGGCAGAAGAAGUGCCAAGAGGAGAUUGACCGCGUCUGCGAAGGCAGACUUCCCGUUCUAGAGGAUAUGCCGAACCUUCCUGUACUUCGCGCUUGUAUCAAAGAAACUAUGCGCUGGAGACCAAACGUUCCCACCGGCGUCGCACACGAAAGCGAAGCAGAUGAUUGGUACGGAGAUUACUUCAUCCCCAAAGGCUCCCGUCUGCUUCCCCUCGACUACGCCUUCCUCCGCAACCCCGUCAAGUAUCCCGACCCCGAGACCUUCCGUCCCGAACGCUGGCUCGAGAGCGGGUGGCCGACCUUCCAAGAACCUCUCACAAAGUACCCUUCCAUCAAAGGCAUGACAUCGUUCGGCUGGGGCCAGCGCCAAUGCCUUGGCAUGUCACUUACACAAGACGAGACUGUCGUUGCGUGUGGUGGUUUGCUGUGGGCGUUCAACCUUAAGAAGAAGAUCGAUCCCAAGACUGGCAAGGAGUUGCCUGUGCCUACUGAUAAGUCGAAUUCGCUGCUGAUUGUCAAGCCUGAUCCUUUCAUGAUGGCUUUUGAGCCGAGGAGCGAGGCCAGGAAGGAGCAGGUCAUCUCGGAAUGGAACGUGGCUCAGGCAAAGGAUACUGCGGAGCGAGCUGCUUUUUUGCGCAAUGCGGAGAAGAAGGAGGCGUUGAUUUAGACUUGGUUGUUUGAUUCCCACUUGGUAUAGUUGUAGUUGUAGUAGUGCUCCCCCGCUUUGUUUUGAGUCAGUGGCAUAUUCACGCCUUUUCUUUUGUUUAUGGAGGUUGAGCGGUUGGUGGUGUUGAAUACCUUUGGUUACCCCUAUGUUAGUUCGACAGUACAGUUGUGAUACACUCUAAUACAAAAUAAGAACAUCUUGGAUAUGGCUCUUCCCACUGAACUUCAGGCAUGCGGUGUUGUAGCUCACACACACCCCUCUUGAUCCCCUUUCCCUUUCGUCUUUCACCAUCCAACAAUUCAUACCAACUACAAGUUCGCCAAUUAUGAAUCAGCAAAGCACAACCACAAAAGCCCAAACUGUCUCACCUCUCCACUCCCUUUUGCCUCCUAUGUCCUAUCUCCCGCUACCUCUUUCCCCCUUAUCCAUCUCCUGAUCCUAAUCUCGAAUAACCUCAACCCAUAGAACAUUUCAGGAAUCUUUUUUUUUUUUGAGUUGGAGUUUAGGUGAUCCUACACACAGCGAUGGGUUACAACGAGGAAAAUACCAUAAUAACGAGCGAUUACCAGAAAGACCAUAUUUCAGGAAUCUCCCAAUGAAAGCUACCAUAUGCUCAUUUUUUAUUCCCUAUUCUUCUCUUAUCAACACGACUACACCAACACGGUAUAGGAACAACACAGAUCAAAGCACGUUCCC